CCAGGAUACGCCAACACAUCCUACCGUCACAAGAAGAAGAAAAAGAGCAGAGAGCUACAAAGGCCGCUUCACAUCCAAAGCACUGAUCGUCGACCUCCACUGCAAAUCUAACCCUCAAUCAUUGUCCAUUGAUUUGUCCCCUCUCAGGACUCCUCAUUCGGCGCACGAAGAACAAUGAAUAUGCAUCUUCUCCUGGCCACCGGGGCGCUGGUCCUUCAGACUGCUUUAGGUCUUGCGCUCCAAGCCAACACGAAUGGGGGAUUGAUCGUCUUCGAGAUCAAGCCCAAUGCCAACAUCACGGGCCACUCCAUCACCUUCGAGGACGCCGACUGCCCGCCGUCCCUCUCCUGCCAGACAACCCAAAAGUGCAAAGACAGCAACGCGGUACCCUCCAUCCUGGACCUGCCUCCGAAAAAGUACUUUGCUUGCUGCACCUACGGCACGCACCUGCUGGGGAGCCCCAAAACCGCCUGGGACUGCUGUGCCGACGGCCACGAGUUGGCGGGACCCUCCGGCCAGGGCGAUUACCGCUGCUGUCCCACCGGCAACAUCUACACGGCAGGCAAGUGCGCGGAGUGUACGGGUGGGAAGACGCGAGUCGACAACAAAUGUGUCUGCCCGGAGGGCAUGAUCGAGGGCCCCAAGGGGGACUGCCAGCCGCCGCAGACCUGCCCCCAAGGCAAACGCCUCGUCGCGGGCAAAUGUAUCUGUCCGGAGGGCAUGGUCGAGGGCCCCCAAGGGGACUGCCAGCCGCCGCAGACCUGUCCCCAAGGCAAACAUCUCGUCGCGGGAAAAUGUGUGUGUCCUGACGGAAUGGUCGAAGGGGAGAAGGGGGGCUGCCAGCCUCCGGUGGAGUGUCCGUCCGGGGUGGAUCCAGGCAAAUGCUACUUGAUCUCCCGUCAGAAUGGGCAGUACCUGUCCCUCGGAGAAAAGGGCGAAUACUCCUUCGCGCUACCGGACGGCCAUCGUCUCAUGGGCCGCUUCCAGGUCUGUACGGAGCAGAGCUGUAGUUCCUCCCAUAAAUCCGUCAACCCCAGCGACACUUGUUAUCUGCGGGACACCUUCAACGGAGGUGUCUGGGUUGACGGGUCAUCGAACGGACGGCACAUCUCUCAGACCACAGAUUUCCAGAGUGCUGGUAAGUUCAGCCUGACUAAAUGGGGGCUGGGCUCCUACUGUCUGGGCGGAUCAGGCGGAGGGGUUGGGGCGGCCUGCUCCAGUGAUACUCCAGGCAUUACCUUCCUCCCCGGCAGCCCGCAGACAUGUUUCCCAGUGAUCCUCACUGAGGUUCCUUGCGACACGAAGAGUCACUACAACAGUUGUGGGUGGGGAGUUAGGCCUCCGGGAAAUGGAAAGGUUGCUGCUGAUGAAUUGUAGUGGUGUUGUCAGGUUAGGGCUUGUCGUACGGAAUGCCCGGAACUAUGUCACGGUGCGGACGAUUGUCUAAAAUGAGGAAUCCUUUACUGUUUUUUUUUCAUCUUCUGUUCUCUCUUAAGUUUUCCUUUCUUUUGGCUUUCUCUUCUUGUUCAACAAAAAAAAAUAACACUAACUGAGUUCUUU